AUGUCAAGGGUUGGAGUUCUGGUUUUGGGACCCGCUGGUGCAGGAAAAAGUACUUUUUGCAACUCUAUCAUUUCUCAUAUGCAGACGGUUGGUCGCAGGGCUCACAUAGUGAAUUUGGACCCUGCGGCAGAAGCUAGUGAGUACGAAUUCACCGUGGACAUCCGUGACCUAAUUUCUCUUGAAGAUGUGAUGGAAGAACUCCAUCUUGGUCCUAAUGGGUCGUUGAUUUACUGCUUCGAAUAUCUGCUCAAUAAUCUCGACUGGCUAGAAGAGGAGAUUGGCGACUACAAUGAUGAGUAUCUGAUUUUCGACUGCCCAGGCCAAAUAGAACUUUACACACACAUCCCUGUUUUACCUACGAUAGCAAGGCACCUCCAGACUCAAAUGGGCUUUAGCCUGUGUGCCACUUAUCUACUGGAAGCACCAUUCGUCAUAGACUCUUCCAAGUUUUUUAGUGGCGCACUAAGCGCCAUGUCGGCAAUGAUCCUUUUGGAGCUUCCACAUAUAAACAUUCUCAGCAAGCUCGACCAGAUUAAAGAUGAAUAUAGCAAAAAGAAAUUGAAAAGAUACUUGAAUCCCGACCCAACGUUGCUUCUGGACUCGAGCAAUGAAACACUGAAUCCUCGUUUCCAGAAAUUGAACAAGACGAUUGCAAACCUUGUGGAUGAUUUCGGCAUGGUUCAGUUCUUGCCUUUGGAAGCCAAAAACCCCGAGAGCGUCUCCAACAUCCUGAGCUACAUAGACGACGUUACACAGUGGGCCGAAGGUCAGGAGCCAAAGGAGCCGAACGAUCAGAUAGAGUUGGAAGACAUGUAA